AUGGGGGACAUGGAAAUUGUAAGGCAAUUCAAUAGUGAAGUAAGUAUGAUGUCAUGUCGGAGGGUUUUCAAUGAAAAUCCUUUUUGCUGCGCGGCUUCGAGAGUUCUCUUCCGCUCCUCGAUAAACUUGUAAGCUUCGAUUUAUACUUUCAGCUGUCGACAAUCUAUGAAACCAAGCCACCUAUCUCUAAAGCAAAGGUUGCAUCUGUAACCAGGCUUGCUGUUAAAGCCAUCAAGGUAUGCGUUGUGUUCAUAUAUAAUACAAACAACCGAAAAGAGACGUUAUGAAAUUCCAGCGAUUUACCUCAGUAACUUAACUAUCAUCUCAUUGCAGUAUUAUAAACACGUGGUACAGAGCAUCGAGAAGUUUGCUCAAAAGGUUCGUCCAGAUUCCUUGUCCUUUUCCAAUUGUCAAUGAUAUGGUGGAAUCAUUAAUUUUUUGUUAAUGACAGUUUCGGAAUCAAGUGAACUUUAUUUCUCAAAUUUCCUCCGUUGUUGCAGUGUCGGCAGGAGUAUAAAGUUCCAGCUCUGUAUGUAAUGGAUUCUGUUAUACGGCAAUCGCGACACCAGGUGAAUCUUUGUGUUAAUUUUUUUGUAAUAUGACAUGUGCAUUUAUUUGCGAUCUAAUAUGUGUUGGGGCUGUAUGAUGUUUGACGUUUGCAUACUGUAGCUCAUUUGCAUUUACUUGUUGGAAAGUCGAUAUCACUGUUAAUAUGAUCAUCGCUUUGAAAGUCUACUUAAACAGCUGAAUUAUGAAACAAAUUUCAAGAAUAUAGAAGUUUCUAUGAGAAUGGAAGUUGCCUAAUAUUUAGAUUUUUGUAUUUCCCAAUGAACUAAACUAAUUAUUGAAAAAACGUUUAGGUGAAUGAACUAAAAUGGGAGAUUUUAUUGCCUAUUCUGCAUCUCCUAGAAUGCUGAAAGAAACAAAUUGAACAGCCAAUUAAUCUAACUAGGCCAGACAUAAACUUGAUCUAAUGAUUGGACACAAUUCAGUCAAGCAAUCAAACCACAAACAAUUAUAGUAGUUAUUCAGAUCUGAAAUCUUCAUUUUUUUAUAUUUGGUUCUAUGAGGGUAGUUGGCAUUAUACUGUGACAAUUUAUGGUUAAACCUUUAAAUCCCUAGAUCUUAAUAGUAAUUGUCCUUACUGUCUGCCAUACGAUUCUUAUCAUGUUAGUUCAGAGAAUGUGGUACGGGAUUAAAAAACAAUCUAUUUUAUUCUCAUCCCUUGUCUGCUUAAUAUUGUAUUGAUAUGGUAUGGAGAAAUUCUGUCUUGGGCACUCAUGGGAGUUCAGUGGUUGUCAUUCCCUAUUUUUGUAGUUUUCUGACUUUAUUUCAAAUGAUUUUUUUAUAAUCAUUCAUUGAUUGUUCUCUUAUUACAUGUAGUUUGGUGCUGAGAAAGAUGUGUAUGGACCACGCUUUGCGAAAAAUAUAAAACCAACCUUUCAGCAUAUUUUUAGAUGUACUCCAGAGGAGCAGGUAAUAAUAAUAGUAUUGAUGAUGAUGAUAAUAAUGAUAAUAAUAAUAGUAAUAAUAAUAAUGAUAAUAAUAAUAAUAAGCUAGCAAAGGUCAUUCCACGAGAAGGCUAUUCCUGUGUCUUGUGGAUGGAGGAAAACCAGAGGACCUAGAGAAAAACCCUCAGAGCAAAGACGGAAACCAAAAACAAACUCAACUAACAUGUGAUGCCAGGUCGGGGAAUUGGAACCCAGGCCACAGCAGUGUAAUGUGAGCACUCAUGGCAUUGUGCCAACCCUGUGCCAUCCUGUCCCCUUCCCAUCCCUUUCAGGUCAGGGAAAGAUAUCAUAAUCGCUGAUAUACUGGAGAACAAAUACUUUUUCUUGAACUGUAGUGUUCCCUGUUAAUUUUGCUUGUCUUUUGCAAACUUGUGACUUAUAAAAGUUAUAUGAUCAGUGGAAAGGGUUUCUAUGUGCUUUUAGUCCAAGUCCAAAAUUGUUACUUCAUUUUUGUGCUCUAAUUUUCAGGGAAAAGUAAUUAAGGUCUUGAACUUAUGGCAAAAGAAUGGUAUAUACGCACCUGAAGUAAUUCAACCUCUUCUGAACUUACCAUCAACAUUAGUGGAGGGCAAGUAACUAUUUUUGUUACUUACAUGUAUAUAGUAGUGGAGCACUUUAGUAACAAUUUGCUAGAUGCUUGCUUGCAUUUAACAGGUUGGUUUCUUGACAAGAAACUUUGACAUAAUGAAAGCAUACUAAAAUAACAAUUGUCUAGAGAUUUGUCAAGCAAUGGUUUCUCCUACAAUAAUGGUGCGGCGUGCAGGAAGUAAAAGUGGAAAUAGGUUCACUUACCCCAAUGCACAGGCAGCCUGAACAAUUAGUUCUGUAAACUAGCAAACUUCUUGUUAGCUAAGUGUAGGCUGAAACUGAUACCAAAUUUUCAAUAUCAGAGAUAUUAUUCCUUCUUAAAAGUCAGUACAAGAGAAUGAUCAGAGAAGCCACAAAGGGUUUGUAGGAGGCCCCAUAAAUGUGGAAAGUCCUGGAAUUCUAAAACUUAGCACUAAAUUGAUUUGAUUGAUAUUUUCAUUGUGAAUUUGUUUAAUGUCAUUACUUGUCAUUUUGAUGUUGAAGGAACAAUUUGGUCUUUCCUGAGAGUUUAAGGGUUAAUGUGAAUCUUUGGAAUCCUGAAAAAAUCAGCCUGAGAUGUGCAAAAAUCCUGAAAUGUUGAUUUUUGAUUAAUUGCUGCAAGUGCAUCAGUAGUUUAUGUUGCUUUGUGCAGUCAAUAUUGGGAGCAGAGUUUUGCUUCUUGUGGGAAGUGGUUGAUGAUUUUAUUAGUGAGUAACAUGACUUCAUUUUGGAGCAGUGGUCCCUUAUAGUGAGCUUGACAGUAUUCAUAACAGUAUUCAUAACAGUAUUCAUAACAGUGAUAUGUUUUUAUACAGAGAGUGAAUUGCUACCUGCUACAGAGACAGUCAAUGCAUCUGCUGUAGAAGUGCCAGAGAAUCAAGCCACCCUAGCAAUGACUAAUCCAGGUUCCACCAGUCUUGAGGAGCAACAGCAGGAACAUUUACGACAGAUUCAGCUUCUUCAGCAGAAGCUUCAAGAGCAGCAGCGCAUAAAUGAACAACAACAACAGCAGCUGAGGCAGCAACAGCUUCUCCCACCGGGGGUGGUCACAGUACCGCAGGAAACCCAGCCUCAACAGCAAACAGAAGGGAGCACAUCUGCAAUGGCGGAAUCUCAAAGAAGCAGCAUACCUCCAACAGUAGUGGGACAACAGCAGCCUAAGUUUCAACUGCAGCCAGAGGUUUAUGCACAGAUCCAAGCCCUUACAGGUGAAAAUUACCAUGGUUUGAUGAAUUUUCCAAAAAAUUCAAUAAUAGUGCUGGAUUGUAUUGUUUUUGUAAUACCAUGCUCAGUUAUUUGUCUAGAAAACUUGGCAAUCUGGCAACCAAACAACUACAGACAAAUCAAUCAUGACUUUGUCAUGCAGGUUUUUUUUCUUUUAGGUCAAGUUCUUGCUCUGAAUUGUCACAGGCUCUUUGUUCUAACUAAGAAGCAAGUAGGACUCAAACAAUGGCAUAAGGGAGAAUAAUUUGACUCUGGAUGACCUUGUCUAAUCCUUGAAAUUAUGCUAUAGGCUUGGUUGACAUUAUGGCCCACUUCUAGUUCCCUUUAAAAAUUUCAGAUUCCCUUUUACAUGUCAUUUUGGUCCUAUAUUGCCAAAUUUUGAAGUCUUCUCAAUUAAGUGCUAAUUAAAAUUCUUUGAACUUAUGUUUAGAUAAUAAUUUUGUUAUAGGUAUGAAUAUACGAAUGCCACAGACAAACAAGUCAGCUGCACCAGACUCAUUGAUAAGUUCAUCUCAGGCACUUCUUCCCCAAGGGAAUGGUGAUGACUCUUUACAACCCAAUCAAAUUACAAGAUUUGCAGAUGGCUCUAAUUUUGGACCCUCCAGGAGCAUGCCUGCCUGGGUUCCUAAUGAAAUGGAUCCUGGAACUCAACUUGGUCCCCAGUCUGGAGAGGAGAGGAGACCAGUGAGUAAUCUGCACAGUGUUGAUCAGCUUUCUUUUUUGUCUUUGUGGUUGUGAAAGAUGAGCAUGGUUAAUUAAGAAUUUUUUAAAUAUGUUUGGUAUUAUAGGAAUAUUUAAUUGUGGUACACAAAAGUCAUGUAGUAGAUAGAACCUACAUGUAGUUAACUAGAAAAAGGUUAAUUGAAUCCCUUGCCACAAACAUCUCAUUCUUGAAGCCCAGUAUGUCUUUUUUCAGUUUUACUAUGAAAUACCAUUGUUUAUGAAUGGCAUAUUCUUGCUUAAGGAAUCUGCUUCAUGUUCCUUAGACUCUCAUAGAUGAUUUUGAUUAUGGGGAUGAUGAUGAUGAUGCUGCAAGAAUUGCUGAGCAACGACGGCAUUUGAUGGAGGAAGAGAGGCGUCUGAGCCAAGAGUAAGUCAACACUUGCCAAUUUAUAAGACAGUUCUAUACAGGGAAUAGAAAGCCUUUAGUGUGGCAAUACCAUACAUGAGUUCCAAUAGUUAUACAGAUUUAAAGGAGCAUUUAUAUUCUCUUUGCUGCAAUUUUGUUUUCCUUGUGCUUGUAGUGAAUAAUGUAAACAGUCCCUGCAGGUUUUCCCCUGAACUGUGUCACAGAUUUUUUGUGAAGUGUCCCUGUCCUUGUCUUUGCAUUUUUUUUGGCAAAGCUAUCAGUUAACAAUGUUAACCAGUAACAAUGUAGCACAAUUUUCUGUUCUAAUUUAGUUAGGUAUAUAUUUUAAUACUAUUGAAUAUUUAUAAUUCUUAGAACUCGUCCUCUCUUGGGUGACUUACAAGGUGAAUUUCAGAGCACUUUCCGACCAGUAGGGGAAUCUCAUGACCGACAUCCUGAUCCUGCAGGUACUAAACUUCUUUUGGAUGAAAAUCACACACCUUUUUAAUGCUUUCCUACAGAUUUUUCAUGUUAAAUGUAAUUUUAAGUCACAUAUAUUGCUUUUCUUUGCUUCAAACCUCUCCUCCCUGAUUCCCUCAUUUCUAUUCCUUUCCUCUCAGCUAAUUUUUUAGCACAAAAAUUUGCAAUCUUUAAGACAAGGAAAGUGUAGGUAUCCUGCAUUAUCUCACAUCCUAGCAGUAUGCAUGUUAGCAGUAUGCAUGUGUUAUUAAAGAAUUACAGCAAAAAAAAAUGCAAGCUUCCUACUUAGAGUUUAAGAGGCAGGGGUUUUGUUUGUGUUCUUUUUUCUAAGUUGUUGAAAAGUUAGCAGUACUGGGUAUUACUUGUUACAGUCUAAUAUAUUUUCUAGAAGGCUAUGUAUUAAUUGGAGUUAACAACCAUGAUAGUGGGUAGAAUGCUGCAAAUUAACUGGAAAGUUUGCCUCAUGUAGCUGCUAGGCCAUAUACAUGUACACAAUCCUGAGCAAGUAUUCAUAUCUCACCACUGGAAUUGUUAUUCUGUACCAGGGCCAUUUGGGAGAAGAUCUCCUGAUAUGCAUUCUAGAGAAAGAUCUCCUGGCUAUUACCAUCGAUCUAGGUCUCCAAGAAGACGGAGCAGGAGUCCUAGGUGGAGAGAUCGAUCACCUCGACGACGAUCACGCUCACCUCAUGGAAGAGAUCGAGAAAGAGACCGGGAAAGGGAUAGGGACAGAGGGCGGAAUCGGGAAAGAGACAGGGAUUGGUACAAAGAUCGCGACUCUGAUAGGGAAAGAGAUAAAGAGAGAGGUCGUGGCAGUGACAGAGAAGUUGAGAAAAGAAAAGAUUGGAUUCCAGCACCAAAGAAGGAAACACUUAGUGGUAUGUUUUUUUUUCUGAAAGAGUUAUUUUAGUAUGCAAGUAGUAAAAGAAGAAUUUGUCUAAGCCACAGAGAAACUUUUAACAAAAUGAAAGAUUGAAGAUUAAGUCCAAAUUUUUACCUCAGUGAAGUUGAUCAAUUGUAGAUGUAAGAUAAGAGUUUGAUAAAAGUAUCUGACCUUUUAGUUCUUAUCAUACCUGGACAUUUUAUGUGUGCUUGUUCAUGGCUUUGGUGAUACCUGUUAUCUUGGAUUUGUUAAAUUUACAUGCAAAGGGUUUCAUUAGUUGGUGAACAGUCAAAUGAAAACUGAUGCACAACAAUUGAAAAGGUUCACAAGAAAGAAAAUUUAUAAAACACUUUGAUAUGACCAAAAAAAUUACUCUUGAUUUGUGCAUUUUUUCCUUAGUGUUUUGUUAAACAACCUGGUUCAAAAAUUUGGCAUGUGAAAUCCUUAAAGAAAAUCUGAAAAGCAUCAUAAUACAGGGGCACGAAACUGAUAUGUGUUCUGCUGUUAUUUAGUUUGUAGUACAACAAUCUGGGUUGGUCAUUUGGCUAAGACAGUGAUGAGGGAAAAUUUACAGGAGACGUUUGAGACCAAGAAGUUCACAGUUUCAUCUAUUGAUGUAAGUUGAAAGUUGGUGAGAGCCUGAUUAGCAAUCAGUAGCUUCAAAUAAAGUCCAGAAUCAGUGUCUGGGAGCCAAUACUAUGGAACAUGAUGAUAUAAUAGAGACGGGCGGUCAGUUACAAGUUUGCAAAUCUGCGGCUUGAUGUUGAUUGUCUCUUUCUGAUUCCAUGACUUUGCUUUACUUGCAUAGUUAAUUACCAGAUUUAUUACAUCUAUUUGAAAUCACUGGUGAUCCUUGCAAUCUGAUUGGCUAUCAUCAGUGUGUUUUUUUUUUUUUAAUGAAUCACACCAUUUUUGGCUCUAAAUUGCCCAUUUUUUCCACCCAAUUAGAAUUGAACUAAAACUUAACCAAAAAAAAUUGCAGGAAAAGGAAAGACAACUUUUGCAAUGCACUUGUUUGAUUUUGAAAUCAUGCAUAUGAUUUCAAACCAAAUUUGCACCCCAUGCAGUUCAAUAACCUUUAUUAAUUUAACAAAUGGUAUGGGGUCCAAUCCUGAUCAAGCCUGAGUUUUAUCAGUUUUUUUUUUUUUAAUCAGUUUUUUUAUCAGUUUUUACCCUUUACGGUGGCUAAUUUACGUUUUCAACCCAACACUAAAUCACCUGAGUUUUAUCAGGUUCUGUUUUCACAAGUUGAAUUUCUUACUGUGAUGUUGAUCCUAAGGAUACAAAUACUCAACAGUCUUUUCCUUUGGAUCACUUUUACUCGGGUAUGCUGUAUUAUGUAAAGUGGUUAUUAAAAUCUUUUGAUAAGUGACCUGUCUAAUUUGUACAGAUGGUCCCACCCAGAGGUUGUGCUUAUGUUGUGAUGGCAGAAAGACAAGAAGCUUUAAAAGUGCUGGUUACCUUAAAGAAUGAAAGGCUUCAUGGUAAUUACCUCAAGGUUUGUAUUCCACCUGUCUUAUCUUUACAUAAUGGGAUGUGGUUAAUGUGAGGGUGUAAUGUUAAGGUGUAAAUAUGAGGAGUUCUUCAAAAUCUGCAGUUAAAUUCUGUGGGCUCGAGGGACUUUUUUGUAGCAAACUUGAGAUGUUUGCUAUAGUUAACUUUUUAAAAACAUCAAAUUUGAGGCCCCAUGCGCUCACUUUUAAAUAGGUUUGCAGUAACUUGAAUGACAAAAAUUAUGUCAUUGCAUUAAGUAUAUACUGUUGCAAAACAUCUGAGCCAGAUUGAUUGUAAGGAAGUCUCAGGGGCAUCAAGUGCGAGGUUGAAUUUCCUGCUCUCUAUGCUUUUCUAAAGGUGUUGACAAGGAGAAUUUGUUUAGCAAUCAAGAUAUUCUUUAGUCAGUGAUCAAUUCCUUUAUUCUUGUGACCUUAAUGUUUGAUUCAAGGGUGAUAUUGUAAGGAGAAAUUAGAUAUUAGUCACUCUUAGGGAUCAAAGGGUGAAGGACUAUUCAAUGAUUCUUUCCCUGUGAGACCUAUGCAAUAAUAUUCAUCAUUACAAUGGCAUUAUUGAUGUGUUGUUGCAGUUGGCUUGGGCACCUGGAAAAGGAGUGAAAGGCCGAGAAUACAAAGAAUAUUUCGAUACAGAGCAAGGUGUAACAUUCAUCCCUUGGAGUAAGCUGGGAACUAAUGUGGAUCUACAAACACUGAGUGAAGGAAGUUGGAUUGACCCAGAAACUGUACCACCGGGACAUCAGAACACUAUGAAGGAGGGUACGUGUAGUUUUGCUUAUACAUAUCUCUGGGUCAGAAAAGCUUAAGUUGUUGUUAUUCUUAAAUGUUAUUACUAAGAAAGAGUACAUAUUUCCUCGCAAUUGAAACUGUAAUCAGCACUUUAUUCAGGGAAUGACAAGCAUAUUAAGUCCCAUCCCACAAGUUAUCAGUUUAAAAAACAAAACAAAACGAUCAACAACGUUUGAUAGUUUGUAUGACCUCCUUCAUCUCUUUGUUGUGGUCUUUCUCUACAGGAUCAGAGGCCGGUAGUGCAGACACAAAUACUAUUAAAGAUGAUAAAGAUCUCGGAAAUAUGAGUCAAGAGGAGCUCAUGAAGCUGGCAGCUGCUCAAGCAGCAACUGAUGAGAAGAGUACAGAGCAACCUCAGGCUGUGAACGCAAUUGGACAGGCUCCUCCUCACGUUCGCCCACCGGGACCCCACAUGUUCCCAGGCCAUCCUCCUUUGAUUCCUCCACCGAUGUUGAUGCAGCAUCCGUUCCCUGGAGCUCAUCUGCCUCCCAACAUGGUACCACCAGGAGCACCACCUCCACUUAUGACAGGAGUACCACCUCCGAAUAUAGGUGGUCCCUCACUACAUCAGUUUAAUCCAACCAGACCACCAACUGUAGGAGCUCUUAAGGGCCCGCCAGGUCCAUCUUCAAACGUAAGCAGACCUCAAGAAGGAGGGCAGUUUCAGUCAGAAAACAGCCGAUUCCCUCCUUCUGGGGUUCCACAAGAUUCUAGUCAGUUUCCUCCCAAAGAUGAGGAUGGUCACCACCAGGCCAGACCGCAUGAAGUUAAUCAGUUUCCUCCCCAUCAUCCUAGUAGACCUCAAGAACGAGGACAACAUCCCUCACACAACCCAGUCAGACCUCAGGAUGGGCCGCCUUUUCCUCACCAUCCUGGUAGAUUUCCAGACAGUCAUUUCCCUCCUGUGCAUCACGGACCACACCCAUUCCAACACCGACCUCAUCACAUCAGAAUGCCACAUUUUCAUCCAGGAGGACCUAGGUUCCCUCAUGAUCUACCUUCUCUCGUGCCCACUGGAGGACCAAUGCGUCCUCCAGACUUUGGCCCAUCUGGUCCAAAUCCUUGGGGACCAGGGCCUGGUCCUAUGAGAGGUCCACCGCCUCAUGGUAUUCCACCACCUGGUUGGCCAGAGGGUAGACUACCAGAGGAUGCUCAUAAUUCUGAGGCGCCUGAAGAAUGGAAUGAGCAACAAAAGAAAGAAGGUGAAGAUCAUACGGAAGAGAUAAACACAGCUAACCAAGAUAAAACCAUGGAUAUCCCCAAUGAAGAGCGAGACCGAAGGCCAAGAAAGGAGCACGAGGAUCGAGAUCGUGAACGGCCUCGGGACCGAGAUCGUGGACGUGAUCGAGAUGAUCGUGACCGUCGAGAACGCGACGAUCGUGGUCGAGGCCGAGACUGGGAUGACCGUUUUCGUGAUCGCGGUCGUGAUCGCGAUCGUGUCCGCGAUCGUGAACGUGACCGAGACCGUGAAAGAGGGCGUGAUCGCGACCGCGAUCGUGAUGACCGACGACGUGAGCGCGACGAGCAUCGAUCACACAGGGACGUCAACGGUGAAAUGGAUGCUUCUAGGAAUGGUUCGAGAAGAAGAAGUAGGUUUGAACCACUCGAACAGAAACCUGACCCAACCGAGCUAGAAGCGGGGGAAAGGAAUAGCAAUGAAAUAAAAGAAGCUUCCGUUGAUGGUCCUUCAGCACUUCCUCAAAAUUUGGAAGUUGAAUCUAGAGGAGAGGAGGGUGAAAUUGUAGAUGGAAAUGACAAAGAAGUUUUCGAGAAUGUAAAUGCUCUCAAGGACAAUGAAGACGGAAGCUUUCCUAAUGAUUGCGAAACUUUAAACGUUCCUCAGAACAAUGAUGAAAACAUUCCCAAAGAUAUCGGAAAUGUAAACAUUCCCCAGGAUAUUGAUGCAAUGAGCAUUCCCACAGAUGUCGAUAUCGAGAGUAUUCCCAAAGAUGAUGACGUCAUAAAUACUCACAUGGAGAUUGCACCUGAGAACGGUCCCAAAGUCAUGGAAAAUGUAGACACUUCUCAAGGAUUUUACGAGCAGAAUAGCUCCAAAGAAACUGUUAAUUUAUUGAACUCAGAUACCAAAACUGACGAUGAACUCGAGCAAGCAAAUUCCAGCUGACUGUUUCACAAACAAACUUUUUGGGGGACUUUGCUUUUUAUCAAGUGUCCUAAUAGUUGAUUUUAUCAUGUAUUCCGGUCAAAACCGCAUUUUUUUUUAUCGAAAACCAAUCUUUUGACGCGCUAUCCAUCCACUCCUUUUUUCGUUUGAAUUGUAAAUCCUUGGACUUCAACUGGAAAAAUUUAAUUUUCCGUAGAAGGCUAAUGUUAUCGCUGAGAGAAAUUGAACAAUGAAUUUUUGGCAUAGGUCUCUCUGUCUUAUUAAUUUCACAAUAAAAUUACGGCUGGCCAUUCAACCUAAAUCAAGUAUUUUACAACGGUAAGAAUGGUAAAAAGGGGGCGUAACUGUCUCCUUUUAUAAAAGAAAAUAGAGAAUAACAGGAAGAAAGGUAGAUGAUGAGUUUGCACAACUUAGACCUUGUUUGCGGAGAUAGGUCUCUAUUUUUCAUGAUUGAAGUGAAGUAGACUGAGAGAUCAAACAGCCUACUUGAGUAAAGCCGCGUAACUAACUUCUUUAGGUAGAGUUAAAGAAGACUCGAUCGUGGAUUUUUAUUUCAAGGAAAUGAACAUUUUACUAUACUCUUACGUGCUGUCGCCAUAUUGAAACUUCGCGGCACUACCCAUGAGGCUUUUCGGGAAUAUUGUACAUGAUGUUUUGCAACGACUUUGCAGGAAUUGUAGCUUUACUAUCAUUUCAAGAGAGGUGUGUAUGUUUUCUUUUUUCAUUUUUAUUAUGUAGGGUUGUAAGAUGAAGUUCAGCUGGUAGUGUUAAAUGGAGAUUAGCAAAGCCCUUUAAUUUUCCUCAGCCGGUUUAGUUUAUUGUAAUGGCUUAUGCCGGAAGCAAAUUACUUUCGAUUCUUUGAGAACAAAGCAAUUUCAACUGACGUUUUUUUUAACGUUGAAUGGCAGAUAGCAGCAACAUUUUCCACUGUAUAUCACCAUCGUUUAAACUGAUUCUUCGAGCCACUAGUACAACUCGAUGUCCACCGUAAUUUGUUUGUUAGAGUCCGUUUGCCGUACUUGUAUAAAGUGCAGUUGGCAAUUUUAACUUCCGUGCAUUUGUGACCCAGAUAUUUGAUUAUUCAGGAAGCAUCUUAGACUAGUUUCACACAACUUAAAUGGAACACGAGAAGAACGAAAUACUCAUCAGUUCUGUGUAUACUGAGUUAAGAAAUAAUUCUUGUAAUAAAUUUCAAUUCUAAACGCUUAAACCUGUUUUCUGAUCCUCGUACUGCUGAACGUGGUGGAGCUUUUACCCACUGUGAUUUUUGCAUAUCAAGCCGGUUAUUCCCGGUUAUUCUAAUCAGUCUUCUAUGGAGCCAGCAUACCUUAUCAAGAAUUAUUGCCAAUUAAUCCAACAAAUAGGGGUUAUGACUUUUGCAAUGUUUCCUCUCAAGGGUUUCACCUCUUUCAUCCAGGUAUUGUUCACUUAGUUUCGGUCAAGAUUCGCAACGCAAUUUGAAAAACGGUUGUGUUUGAAAAUAUAUUUUUUUGUCAUGUAACUCAUUUUGUUAAAAAGAUAGAGGAUGUUGGGUGUCAAUAAAGAUCAAACAACUUCUCUGAGGG